CACAACUCAUCAAAUGGACACUGUGGGAGGAAAAAAAAUGGCGUGCUGUCACUUUUAAGACCUUGCUUCCACCACUUGGACCUUUCGGACCGCCGUUUUGCUAUUUUUUAUUUGUGACGCCGAACCAUGCUGCUGCUGCUGCUGCUGCUGCUGCUGCUACAAUUACUACAACUGCAAACUUCACUGCAACUACAGAUUCCACCGUCCGGUCGCUGCGACAUCCCACAAAGGUUGGACAUAUACACGCCGUGCACGUCCUGCGCUGCGGUGACCAGCAGCCUGUGCUUGCACGGCUUCACCAACGGCGGCGUGACCAACUGCAGCUACACCGUCAACAUCGGCGCCACGGAAGUGUCGCUGGACGGAUGCCGAAGGCUGUGCGUCAAGAGCUUCAUGCAGCCGCGAUGCUGCCCGCAGCAUUGGGGGCCACUUUGUCUUCCCUGUCCCAGCUGGUCGGGGAAGACGUGCAACUUCCAUGGGACGUGCGCGGACGGAGACCUCGGCAACGGGACCUGCGUCUGUGAUGACGGCUUCAGCGGGUUCGCGUGUCAGGCGUGCAGCAAAGAGAAAACGUUUGGCAACAACUGCGACAAAGCGUGCGACUGCGAGCACGGCGGGUGCGAAGACGGGCCGGAGGGCAGCGGCCGCUGCUUCUGUCAGCCGCCGUACACGGGAAAGCGAUGCGACCAAGUGAACAGCCGGUGCCGCGCGUGCGGCGCGUACACGUACUGCCAAGGCGAAGGAGACGCCGCCACGUGCCAAUGUUUGCCAGGAUACUGGAAGACGCCGCAGAACCAAUGCGGAAGCGUGUGCGUGUCGAGCAGCUGCGCCGUCAACGCGCGGUGCUCCUCGCAGGGGUCAAAGGUCACCUGCGCCUGCAAGGCCGACUUUGAGGGCGACGGUCGCGUCUGCGUACCCAGAAACCCUUGCGCCGUCAACAACGGCGGCUGCCGCCUCAACAGCACCGUCUGCGUCUUUAAGGGACCCAACAAGGCUGCCUGCGAGUGCAUGUCUGGCAUGUCUCCAGUUGGGGGCACCGUCGAGUCGGGCUGCCAGCUGCUUUCGGCCUGCUCGGCGGACUCGUGCCACUCGUCGGCCGUCUGCCAAACCGGACUGGAUGGAAAAGCCAGGUGUGUGUGCCAGCCGGGCGAGAUCGGCGAUGGGCGGCGUUGCUACGGUAACCUGAUGGAGCGUCUGCGGGACCUGAACCGCAACGGAGCCCACAGAGAAAAACUGAUGGGGGCCAUCGACCUGUUUGAGAGAGGUUGUUUAAACCUGUUGAGUCACAACGGGCCGUUCACGCUUUUCGUCCCUCAACUCCAAACCCCUCUGACUUCUGUGAACGAGGAGACGGUUUGUCGCAACCACCUGAUCCUGGGUCAGCACCUGCUGCGGGACAUGACGGACGGCCGAGAGUUCGACAUGUACGGAGGAGCUCACAUGAGGAGCAAAGACGAUAAGCAGCGUUUCAUCAUGCUGCACGACCCCAAGCGGCUGUACAGCGUCGUCCGGCCCGACCUGCCGGCGUCCAACGGCGUCAUCCACAUCAUCGACCGGCCGAUCACGGGCCCCUCCGCGGACACGGCGCCCGUUCCUGCGCCUGCCCUGGAAGGACGAUACGCAGUAAUGAACGUCGGCGAGGUUGUGAGGAGAGAGCCCAUCUUCAACCGCUUCCUGUCGCUCAUCGACAAUUGCGGCGCGGUGCUGCCCCUGAACGGUCCGGGCCCUUUGACCGUCUUCAUCCCCAGCAACCAGGCGGUGGACAACGCCCGAGACGGGAGCAUCCUCUACAUGCUCAAUCACUCUAAACAUAAACUGCAAGAACUUCUCCGGAAUCACAUUUAUUCCAAGGCCAGCCUGACAUCUGACGACCUGACGUCUCUGUCUCGCAUCGAGACGACGGCCAAUCAGAUGCUGACCAUCUCCGCCUCCGCCGACGGCGACAUCCUUUUGGGCGACAAAGGCGUGCGCGUGCUGUCGCCCAACAACCGGGCGCUCAACGGCAUCAUCCACCUGAUUGACGGCCUCCUCUACCCGCCCACCAUAAUGCCCAUCAUGCCCCACAGAUGCGACCGCAUCAACAGCAGAAUCACUCAAAGUCAGUGUGUUCACUGCAGCUACCUGUACGAGUCGUCAUGUCCAGUUGGCAGCACUGAACUGGACCACCCCCUGAUUGGCUGCGACUACACGGCGUCCCCUCUGCGUCUGUGGCUGAGCAAAGGCUGCGCCAAAUACUGCAACGUCACCACGCGGGUCAGAAAAUACUUACAUGCGACGCCCGAGUGCUGCAAAGGUUUCUUCGGGCCCGACUGCAAGCCGUGCAUCGGCGGCUUCCAGCAUCCCUGCUACGACAAAGGAACGUGCUUCGACGGUAUCCGCGGCAAUGGCUCUUGCAGCUGUCAAUCCCCCUUCGAGGGCGUGGCCUGCCACAUCUGCUCUGACCCCUCCAAACACGGAGAGCUCUGCGACGAAGAGUGUCACUGCGUUCACGGCGUGUGCGACAACCGACCGGGCAGCGGCGGCAUGUGUCGGCGCGGCUCCUGUCUGGACGGUUUCUCCGGCGAGCGUUGCGAUAAAGCGGCCACGCCGUGCAACGCCGAUGGCCUGAUGGAACGCUGCCACAUCCACGCGUACUGCACGCACAGUGGACUGCAAAGCACGUGUGUGUGUCGGGACGGCUACGACGGCGACGGCCACUCGUGCACGGCCAUCAACCGCUGCCUGAAGAGCAACAGAGGAGGCUGCCACGUCAACGCCGAGUGCGUGUACGUGUCUCCGGGCAACGUGUCGUGCGUGUGCGUGGACGGUUGGACGGGCGACGGGCGCGUGUGCGUGGAGGUCAACAACUGCCAGACGGACGCGCGAGGAGGCUGCAGCCCAAACGCAGACUGCAACCACAUCGGACCCGGACAGAGCGAGUGCGUGUGUAAACCAGGUUACAUGGGGAACGGCGUGGCGUGUGACCUCGUUAACCCCUGCUUGAGCAAAAACGGAGGCUGCCACGACCUGGCAAAGUGCGAGCAGACCGAGGACGGCAACCGCACGUGCACGUGUCCAGACGGCUACGAGGGAGGCGGAAUCACCUGCUACGGAACCUUGAUGGAGGAGCUGGACAUGAACCCCCUGCUGAGCAGCCUGUACUUCAUGAUUCAUAGGUACCCUCACGCCGCCGACGACCUCAGCGGCAACCUGACCGUGCUGGUCCCGACCAGAGCGGUGCUUCGGAAUAUGAGCGACGCCGAGGUCACCUUCUGGAACACGAAACACCGCCUCCCGCACUUCCUACGGGGUCACUUCCUGCCAGGCAUUUACUCCAUGGAAGACAUGGAGGCAAUGAUUGGCCGCAAGCUAGCCUCCAUGAACCCGCCCACCCAAUGGGAGAUCAGGAAUAGCAGCAAGGGAAUUCUUAUCGGCGACGCCGCCAUCGUCACCCGCAACCAGCCGGCAAUCAACGGCUACAUCCACGUCAUCGACAAGGUUCUGUUUCCGUCGCGGUCGGAGCUCCCGCCCGAGCCUCCCACACUGACGGCCUUCCUGGAGGCCUCGCCGAACUUCACUCUGUUCCGUCAGUUCGCUCUGACGUACAACCUGUCGGGGGAAGUCGAGCAGACGCCGUUCACCCUUCUGCUGCCCACCGACGCCGCCGUCCGCCAGUACCUCAGCGAUACCAACUCCACGCAGCUGGACGCCGACGUCUUCAAGUAUCACGUGAUUGGCGGCCAGCUGCUCUUCCCGGACCAACUCUACGACGGCGUGCUCAAGAGCACCCGGCUGGGCGCCGACUACCAGGUCCAGUUCCACCUGGACCCCGACAACCGGACAUUGGUGAACGACGUCCCGCUGGACGGCGCCUUCACCGAGACGCAGUACGGCGUCAUCAUGGUCAUCCCGCGGGUCCUCACGGUGCGCCGUAACAGAUGCAGCCAGGAGCUCAUCGUGCAAGUCAACGGCCGGUGUACCGCCUGUGACGCAACCCCCCGCUGCAUCAACAGAUACAAGCCGAUCAAAAUGCAGUUCCCGGAGAACAUGAAGCCCAACUGUCGAUACAGAACGCGCGUGGGAUCCCGGAGGAAGUCCAUGCCAGGCUGCGUGAUCAAAUGUCUGCAGGUCGCCAAGCAUCAGUCCUGUUGCCGCGGUUACUACGGCCCCGAGUGCUACAAAUGCCCCGGGGACGUGGCCAGCUGGUGCUCCAAUCACGGCCAGUGUCAGGACGGUCUCCGUGGCAACGGGGAGUGCCGCUGCUACGAGGGUUUCCAUGGCACCGCCUGCGAGGACUGCGAGCCGGGACGUUACGGCGUCAACUGCACUUCCAGGUGUGCGUGCGACCACGGGAAGUGUGACGAUGGCUUGUCAGGAAACGGCAGGUGUGUGUGUCACAAAGGCUGGAAGGGAGCCUCGUGCUCCAUUGAGAUCAAGGACGACGCCUGCGGAGGAGUGUGUGCUGAGAACGCCAACUGCAUCUCGGGGCCGCAGGGAACCGCCUGCGUCUGCGUCGCCGGAUACCAAGGCAACGGCACCGUCUGUAAAGAGGUGGACCCGUGCGCCCUGUCGAACGGCGGUUGCUCGAAGUUCGCCACCUGUUUCAAAGUGUCGGCGGGCAUGCACACCUGCAAGUGCAACAAGGGCUACGCGGGCGACGGCGUGGUCUGCCUGGAGGCGGACGGCUGCCUGGUCAACAACGGAGGCUGCCACAAGUCGGCCGACUGCAUCAGAACGGGACCCGACGCCGUGGCGUGCAGGUGUCAGGUGGGCUUCCAAGGGACCGGCAGGUUCUGUUUCCCGAGAAACCCUUGCAGAACCAACAACGGCGGCUGCAGCAAGUACGCCCGCUGUGAGUAUUUGGGUCUGGGCCAGAGGAACUGCACGUGCCUCCGAGACCACGUGGGCGACGGCAUCGAUUGCCGGGGAAACACCAACGCCGAGGUGUUCAGAAACCCUGAGAACGCUUUGUUCCACUACAUGCUCUCUGAGUCAGACGCUCGGAGUCUUUACGGCGACGGGCCGUUCACCGCCUUCUCCCCCGUGCACGACAGCGAAAUGUAUUCCACCGUUAAUGAGUGGAAGCAAUACGGGCAUCUCAACGAUCUUGUGCGGUACCACGUCGUCGCCUGCGAGAAGUUGACUUUGAGCGACCUUCAAAACACCCGGCAGGCCGUCUCCACGUCCGGAUACGUGCUGGAAUUCAGUCUGCGGCAGGGCUCGGUGUGGAUCAACAACGCUUCUCGGAUCGUCAAGAGCGACUACACCACGUCCAACGGCGUCAUCCACCACCUCAGCACCAUGCUCACUCCCUACCCGCUGAACAGCAAACAGCGCGUCCAGAAGAUGAACUUCACUGCGGCUGCUCAAUUUUACGGCUACAGCAGCUUCUACCAACUAGUGGAGUUGUCCCUUGCGUCUUCUGUGUGCGCGCAGCGCGCCGGCCUGCUUCCGGCGCUGCGGUCGUCCAUCCACCGGCCGUUCACGAUGUUCUGGCCCAGCGAGCGGGCGCUCGGCUCGCUGCCCCCCGAAAGGCGACGCUGGCUCUUCAGUCCCGACCACCAGGAGGAGCUGGCCGCCACCGUCAAAGCGCACAUCAUACGCAGCGCCAAGGUUCUGGGUGUCAGCCAGCCGACUAAAUACUCGUCCUUCCGCACCAUGCACGGAUCAAGAAUCAAGUAUAGCUGUGACAAGACCGUGGUGGGCGACAUAUUGAUCAACGAAAACGCAGCCAAGGUGGUCGAGCGCUACCUGAGCUUCGACGAGGGCGUGGCCUACGGCAUCGACCGGCUGCUGGAGCCUCCCGGCUUGGGGGCGCACUGCGACAGCCUCGAGAACAGGACCACCUUUGGCCGCUGUGGCCGCUGUCUCUUCCCUCCACCCUGUCCCAGCCGACACCAGGACAUGGGCCGCGUGGAGAGCUGCUUGAGAUCUCGCAGGUACCCGCUGAGAUACAGGGGCUGGUCUUCGGAACUGGACGACCCGCUCAGGACCUUCACCUGCAAGCGAGUGUGCAGCUUUCCGGGCUGGAUCCAGAAGUGCUGCAAAAACCACUACGGCCGAGACUGUCAGGUGUGCCCAGGCGGCGUCAAGUCGCCGUGCAGCGGCCACGGCGAGUGCGACGGCGACUUACGCGGGACGGGAAAGUGCAAUUGUCUGGCCAGUUUCCAAGGCAACGCGUGCGAGAUGUGCACGCCGGGACAUUACGGCGCCAACUGCAAAGCGUGCGAGUGCGGUAAGCAGGGAAGGUGCGACGAGGGCAUGGAAGGAUCCGGCCAGUGCGUGUGUCGGCCAGGCUGGAAGGGCGACCGCUGCGAGAUCGACUUGGGUUCCAUCCCCGAGUGGUGCCACCCGUGUCACCCUCAGGCUGAUUGUUUGCCAAUUGGGAGCUGUCAGUGUAAACCCGGUUUUCAGGGCAACGGGACCUUCUGCGCUCCCGAGCCGCCUCCGGAUCUGUGCGCUGAGUACAACGGCGGCUGUCACCAGGAAGCCGACUGCAAGCAGACGGGACUGCAGGUCAACUGCACCUGUCGCGCCGGUUACCGGGGCGACGGCUACGCCUGCGACGCCAUUAACAGGUGUGUGGAGGAGACAAAUGGCGGCUGCAGCGACUUUGCAUCCUGCAAGUUUACAGGCCCGAACGAGCGCGAGUGCGAGUGCUUGCCGGGCUACGUGGGCAACGGGAUCCAGUGCCUGGAGAAAGUGGUGCCCCCUGUCGACCGCUGCCUGGAGGACAACGGCGGCUGCCACCCCGUGGCCUCCUGCAAGGACUUGCAUUACCACGCCAACGCGGCGGGAGUGUUCCACCUGCGCUUGCCGGAGGGGAAGUACAAGAUGAAUUUCAGCCAGGCGGGCGCCGCGUGCCGGGCCGACGGCGGCGUGCUGGCCGACUUCAAACAGCUGAGCGACGCACAACAGCUGGGGAUGCAUCUGUGCGUGGCCGGCUGGAUGGAGGGCGCCAAAGUCGGGUACCCCACGCGCUUCCCGAGCAUGAAGUGCGGCGAAAACCACGUGGGCGUGGUCCUCUACAAGGAACCCGUGGACCAGAGCAGCACGUACGACGCGUACUGCUACAGAAUCUCAGAUGUGACUUGCGAGUGUCCCGACGGCUACGUCGGGGACGGCUUCUUCUGUAACGGCGUCCUGACUGACGUCCUGGCGUCCUACAGCAACUUCUCCACCUUUUACAAGUUCUUGUUGGACUACGGUGGUUUCUCUGCACAGGGCCAGCGUCUGGUAGACUUUCUGUCUGAAAGGCAGUCGAAUGUGACGCUGUUUGUCCCGCACGAUGCCGGAUUCAGCCCCAGCCAGGUGCUCUCGGGUCGAGAUCUGGAGUAUCACAUCUCCACCAAUCACGUCAGGCGACCAUUUAAGGAGCUGCGACACCAGGAAGUCAUCCCGUCCAGGCUUGGCUUCAACCUGUCUGUUACCCAUGGCAACAACGAGAGUCGUAAACUCGUGAACCAGCGCCUCCUACUGGUGUGGGACAUCCCGGCGGUGAACGGAAUCGUUCACGUCAUCGAGGCGCCGCUUACGGCUCCGCCGCCUCAGGCUCCUCGUCACGCUUCGCGCGGCCACGCCCAUUCCAGCGGCACCGUGUCGGCCAUCUUGGUGUCGUUGCUGCUGACCGGCGUGGCGGCCGGGAUCGGCUACUACGUCUUCAAACACAAGACGGACGCCUUCAGAUUUCACUACUUCAAAAAUGAAGACGAGGACAAUCCGGCGGGGGGCCCGUCCAAACCCGCCCUGGUCUCCAUCCCCAAUCCUUUGUACAGCGGCUCCAGAGCCUUCGCCGAGUCUUUUGGGGAAACGAGUCAGGGGGCGGAGCCGGCAGAACCCGAGGAACCCCCAAAGAUCCUGGACCUGGACCAGUAAAAGUACUUGUUACCCCCACCCCGCUGGUUUCCAACUUUGAACGGGCAGUUCUCGUGUAUCCAAAAAUCAAAGCUGUCGUGCCACAGGAAGACAAAGUGAUUGUCAAUAAAGUUUUGCACUAAUCAUUUUCUACCAAGCACGAGCAUUGUGAUUUUGUCUCGAAUCACACACGGAUGUCGAAGCGUUUACAAAUGAGCCCCUUUCAACCUGGUCGCUAACCAAAACAGCAGAAAAUACAGAGGAUGAACAGACCGAUUAAGGUGUGGUUGUUUUUCCACUAGUGUAAACCUUUUUGAAAGGCCGGAAACAAAAAUGAUCACGACGUGGUCUAUUCAGCAAUGCUUCCGAAUGAUGUAA